AUGGGAUACACAUCCAAACGUUCGGGGGAGAACCGGGAUGAUGACUCUUCAGACGGAGAAGUACCACAGAGCUUCAUGAUUGAGGCAACGUCGAAGAGACCGAGAAAGCCGCCGACAUCGUCUUUGAAAGGUAAAGAACCUGCCCGAAGACGUCAACAACCUCUACAUUCAGCUCCAAGUGGGAGAAAGAUACCACCUUUGCUACCUACCCAUACAGUCUCAAUACCUCUAAGGCCUUCAGAGGUCGAUGAAGGGCUCACUCCUCCGGGUGACACAUUCAGCGAAGCUUCCGAACGUGAACGUCCAAAGCAGAUGCGCGGGCUGGACGCUUAUGAACGUGCAUUAUGGAAUUGGGUGAAUGUGUACAACUUAGAUGCGUUCCUGCAAGAAGUGUAUCUCUACUACGAAGGGAAAGGAAUAUAUAGUAUAGCUUUAUCUAGAGGACUUAAUCUUUUGACAGUCGGCUUCGUCAUUAGCUUCUCCACGUUUCUUAUUGGUUGCAUAGAUUAUUCGAGAAUUCAUCCAGACAAGCAGAUGAGAUUAUCAGAAGCAAUAGUGGAUCGUUGCGUUUCGAAAUUCUCUGGAUUCCCCCUGCUAUUCUUCAUCCUCUUUACUGUCUUCUAUGUCUGGCAGGUUGCCACCUUUGUCCUAGGCAUUAUGCGUCUCGUCGACAUGUACAACUUCUAUACCCAUCUUCUCAAGAUUCCAGACGCAGACAUCCAGACAAUAUCCUGGUCCGAAAUCGUCCGUCGGAUAGGUAUGAUUCGUGAAGAGAAUCCGCUUACCGCCAUCUCUUCCAAUCGUGUUAGCAGUAAUGAUACGACCACUGCCAAGCUUGACGCGCACGAUAUUGCGAACAGAAUCAUGCGACAAGAAAACUACCUCAUCGCGUUGUUCAACAAAGACCUACUAGAUCUGCGAGUGCCUCUGCCAACGGUGCUCAAGAGAUUUAUUUCUCAAGAUCAAAGCAAGAGCAGAGGCAAGAUGCUCACUCAAGCGUUGGAGUGGAAUCUUCGGUUCUGUCUUAUGGAGUAUCUAUUUGACAAACAUGGAAGGGUGCGAAAACUUUUCUUGAAAUCGAAGAAUCGCGCGGCCCUUAUCGAGGGACUACGACGACGAUUCGUUUUCAUGGGCAUCUUGAACGCGAUAUUUGCCCCCUUUAUCGUCCUGUAUCUUCUUAUGUAUUCAUUCUUCCGAUAUUUUGAAGAAUACCACAAAGACCCUUCUACGAUUGGUGGCCGACGGUACACGUCAUACGCUCAGUGGAAAUUCCGAGAGUUCAAUGAACUUCCGCACUUGUUCAUUCGUCGACUAGAUGAGAGCUACCCAUUGGCGAACAUCUACAUUGGACAGUUCCCAAACGAAAAGAUGACUAUAAUUAUGCGAUUUGUAGCUUUCAUCGCAGGAUCCUUUGCCGCUGUUCUCUUUCUCGCCACAGUGUUAGACCCCGACGUUUUUGUGCAUCUCGAAAUAACGCCUCAUCGCACUGUGGUCUUCUACCUUGCCUUGUUUGGAUCUGUGCUCGCGGUCGCAAGGGGUAUGAUCCCAGAAGACAACCGGGUGUUCGAUCCAGAGAUGCUUAUGACGGAGGUGAUCAACUACACUCACUACAUGCCAGAUGAGUGGAAGGCACAGUUGCAUAGUAAGAAGGUCCAUCAAGACUUCGGAGAACUUUUCGCGAUGAAGAUCAUGAUCUUCGUUGAAGAGGUCCUCUCUGUAGUACUCACACCUUUCGUUUUAUGGUUUUCCUUACCCAACUGUGCACCUGCCAUCAUCGAUUUUUUCCGUGAAUUUUCUGUGCAUGUCGAUGGACGUGGUUAUGUUUGUAGCUUUGCUGAAUUCAACUUUGAACGACAUGGCAAUGUCAAGUUUGGUGCCCCGGGCCAGAUCGAGGAUCAACGAAUGCUAUCUAACGAAGGGAAGAUGGAGAAGAGUUUCCUCAAUUUCAAGGCUGCCAAUCCCGAAUGGACACCAGACCCUUCAGGUUCCCUCUACCUCAGCCGCAUACACGAUUUCACUGCUGCACAUCCUACGGUCAACUCACUGCUCCGCCGACGACAGAUGGAAAGCUCCGGAAUAUCACCGUUUACUGCACACCCUGUGAAUCCCCCCUCUCCGAUACCUGCACGGAAGACUGAAGUUUCCCUGGCGGACAGAGCACAAGAAUACGACCGCGCUCUUCUCCAAAGCCAGCAUGCUGCACGAAGACGAGGGGUAGGUGGUGGUAGCAUCAUGGGAAUGUCGGUAUUGAACCCGCGUGCGGGACCUUCUGCGUCAUCGAUAUUUGGGCCCAGUGUGAUGGCGGGUGCGCAGACUGCUGUCCUGGGUGACUCACAAGGGAGUGUGAUGCCAGAACCAGCACCAACAAGACCGUCAAUCGACGCGGAAGUAGAAGAGUCGCGGAUUGGAGCUAUACCUGAUGAGGAGGUUGGUCCGGAUGGAGAGGUUGGAAGUAGAUUGGGUGGAUCAUAUGUCGACGGCGCAAGACGGCCUUCGAGGCCUGUGUACGAGGAAGAGGAUGAAGAUAGCCUCGAGGAUGGAGGUGUGUUGGGGCUCCUGGCGCAGAUCUAUGGGAGGAGGGAUGGACCGAAGCUGGGAUGA